AUGGGGUUGAGUAAUUUCAAGUGUUGUUUGAUUCUGGCUGUAUUUCUCUCCCUCUUCGCUGGCCUCUCUGCUUCUACCUUCUUUUCAGAUUCUAUUUUUGGAUCAUCGGGUUCAACUGGAAGGAACCUCCUUCAGGCUAAAAAGCCUUGCCCAGUUAACUUUGAGUUCCAGAACUACACUAUCAUCACCAGCAAAUGCAAGGGACCGCGCUACCUACCCAGCCUCUGUUGUCCUGCUCUCAAAGACUUUGCUUGUCAGUUUGCUGAUGAUAUAAACGAUUUAACAAACGAGUGUGCCUCGAUCAUGUUCAACUACAUUAACCUUGAGGGGAAGUAUCCACCGGGCUUAUUUGCAAGUGAAUGCAAGGAAGGGAAGCAAGGGAUCGAAUGCCCUGCACUACCACCAUCAGCAUCACAAUCAGAGAAAUCUAAGGGAUGUUGGACGGUAAGUAAACCAUUCAGAGGGAUGAUUCUUGUAGCAGCUUUUCUUGUGUUGCUGCAAUUUAUGUGA